AACAUCUGUGACGUCCCAUACUGCAUACUACACCACUAACUAGUGCGCGAGGGCGCAGUAGAAUAAUAGGACUAAUGGGAAUACCGCGGUUUGAAGGAUCACAUCCCUUUCUGCGGAUCGAUCAAUCGGCUGCGUCCUAAAAAGGUUCUGGCGUAAUAAUUAGUAGGUGAGGUCACACGGAGGACGUUUCCACGGUUACGGUGAGGAGAUCUUCUCAUGGUGAUCUUCUCAUAGUGAUCUGGUUGGUUUCAGAUCUGAGGCUUCUUCCUGGUCGUUGUUCUGAAGGAGGAGAAGAAGGAGAUCUGUGCAGGUCAUGGCGGGGGAGCGAAGUCGUCUCCUGCCUCAUGGAGCGUACAGUGUUUUGGGGGAUAGUGUGGACUCCAGGAAGGGGUCCACGUCCACGGAUGAUGCGUCCAAAUCCAAUCCCCGCAAACUCAACACCUUCUUCGGGGUGAUGGUCCCCACUAUCUUGUCCAUGUUCAGCAUCGUCCUGUUCCUGCGCACGGGUUUUGUUGUCGGUCAUGCUGGCCUUCUCCAGGGACUGCUCAUGUUGAUCGUGGCAUAUUUCAUCAUCUCCUUGACCAUCCUGUCGAUCUGUGCAAUCUCUACUAAUGGGGCGGUGCAGGGGGGCGGAGCUUACUACAUGAUCAGUCGUUCUCUUGGGCCGGAGUUUGGAGGCAGCAUCGGCCUCAUGUUCUACCUGGCGAAGGUGUGUGCGUGCGGUGUGUACAUGCUCGGGCUGGUGGAGGCCAUCCUGAACGUUUUUGGGCAGGAUCCAGCGGUCGGGGGGCCAGAGGGCAUUCGUGUCCUGCCUCAAGGUUACUGGUUCUCUGUGCUCUACUCCUCCGUGCUGCUGCUCAUCUGUCUGGUCAUUUGCCUGGUCGGCGCUCACAUCUACGCCAAAGCCUCGUUCCUCAUCCUGCUGGUGGUGACCAUGGCCGUGCUGUCCAUCAUCAUCAGCACGCUAGUGGUCGGGCCGCGCACCUUCAGCUUCACGCACACGCUCGGUCCGAACAGCACGGUCACUCGCAACGGCAGCUACACGGGCUUCAACAGCAGCACGCUCUCUCACAACCUGUGGUCGGGCUACUCUUUAGACUACAGUACGAACAGGGUGAUGUCGUUUUCUACCGUCUUUGCCGUGAUGUUCACCAGCUGCACUGGCAUCAUGGCAGGAGCCAACAUGUCGGGUGAGCUCAAGAAUCCCAGCGUGGCCAUUCCGAAAGGCACCAUCAUGGCUGUGCUGUACACCUUCACCGUCUACCUCCUUCUCUUCUUCCUCAUUAGCUCCACCUGCGACAGGUAUUUGCUGAUUAACGACUUUGCCGUGUUCCAGCAAAUAAACAUCUGGCCUCCGUUUGUCAUCAUCGGCGUGUACUGUGCCUCACUGUCCGCCGCCAUGUGCUCGCUCAUCGGAGCUUCACGCAUCCUACACGCCCUCGCAAUCGACCAUCUCUUUGGUUUGGUCCUGGCCCCUGCUGCCGUUACAUCCCGCUCGGGAAACCCCUGGGUCUCUGUGCUCUAUACCUGGGCACUGGUACAGAUCACGGUGUUUGCAGGUCAGCUGAACGUGAUCGCAGGUUUCGUGACCGUCUUCUAUCUGCUGUCCUACGCUGCAGUAGAUCUGGCCUGUCUGGCAUUAGAGUGGGCGUCUGCUCCCAAUUUCAGGCCGACAUUUCAGUACUUCUCGUGGCACACGUGUCUGCUGGGUUUGCUCAGCUGCCUGGUGAUGAUGUUCGUGAUCAAUCCGGUCUACUCGUCAGCCAGCAUCGUGGUCUUACUUCUCUUGCUGCUCUUCCUGCACUAUCGGUCGCCCACAAGCAGCUGGGGCUACAUCAGUCAGGCGCUCAUCUUCCAUCAGGUGCGAAAGUACUUGCUGAUGCUGGACUCGAGGAAGGACCACGUCAAGUUCUGGAGACCACAGGUGCUCCUGAUGGUGGCCAACCCUCGCUCUUCAUGCCAGCUCAUCUGUUUUGUCAACCAGCUAAAAAAAGGAGGCCUCUUUGUGCUGGGCCAUGUGCAGAUCGGAGAUCUGGAUGUUGUGCCAAACGAUCCUGUUCAGCAGCAGUAUAAUUUCUGGUUGAGUCUGGUGGAUAAGCUUGGGAUUAAAGCAUUUGUCGAUUUGACCCUCUCUCCUUCAGUCAGGCAGGGAACCCAGCAUCUACUGCGCAUCACUGGACUGGGAGGCAUGAAGCCAAACACACUCGUUCUGGGCUUCUACGACAACUGCUACCCAGAGGACUAUUUCCUUCAGGAUCCUACAUUCUGUAAAGGUGCGGUGGAUGGUGCCGGCUUUAUCGGUGAUGAGGAUGACAAUUUUGGUGUGGACCUUCCCUCCCUGCAGGCCCACUUCCCUCCUGUGCGUCACGCAGAGAGCCCCCGCUGGCUCCAGCCAGAUGAAUAUGUGGGGAUCAUCUCUGAUGCCAUAAAAAUGGGCAAGAAUGUAUGCCUGGGCCGCUACUUUUUCCAGCUGCCGCCCGAAAACCAAAGCAAAGGCCAGACACCGGCGAAAAGCGGAGACCCUGCUGACGAGACGAUCGACGUGUGGCCGUCCAACCUGCUGAGCACCGGGAGAAUCCAGAGCUACGCCGACGUGUGCAGUCUCUUCUUGCUACAGAUGGCAUGUGUUUUAAACAUGGCUGCCGGCUGGCGCCGUGCCCGUCUGCGCAUCUUCCUGUGUGUUGAGUCGGAGUCUGCAGACCAGGGCUGGAUGGCCAAAGAGGAGCGCUUCAGGGAGCUGCUGGGGAAGCUGAGGAUCCGGGCCAUUAUCAAGAUCGUGCCGUGGGAUCCGGUGGUGCGGCUGCUGAGACCAAGCGACCGGAGUACGCCCCCUAUGGUGACGGAGGAAUUCCUGUCCGGAGUCAACGCGCUUUUGAAAGAACACAGCACUUCCGCUGCAGUGCGCUUCCUCUAUUUGCCCCGCCCACCUGCCGAUUCCAGCCAAUCGCAACAGUAUCUGGCACAGUUGGAUACCCUCACUCAAGGACUUGGUCCCACUCUUUUGAUUCAUGGUCUGACCCCUGUGACAUGUACUGAGCUUUGAGGAUGCAACUGUUAAUUUAAAUGCAGUUACAUAUAAAGAGAAUUCAAUUUAAACCAAACAUUUGGCCAAAGUUUCUCAGAACAGACAUGUUUGUUGUGCGAUAUCUGCAAAUGUCAGGCUAAACUAGCAGGGGGAUUUAUAUUUGCUAAGGCUAUUUCAGAGUGAAGGUUGGGCCAACACGCUGGAGUGAUUAGGUACAUUGGUCUCUUAGCUGCAUACCAAAAUAUCGCAACUCCAUUGGCAACUUCUUAUGUAAUACGUGCAAAGCCAUUCCUCUUAUCAUGCUUUAACACACGUGUAGUAGCUGGUGCUUACUCACCACCUCAGGUGUGUCCUAUUGUCUUUGUUCUCUGUCCAAAUAUGUCUUUUUUUCUCUGUUCUCGUUUUGCUGACGACAUUAUUUAAGGGAUAAACUGGACCAAAAAAAAAGGCGUAUUGUUUUGUUGGUAUGAAAAGAACACGAGGCUUUAAACAUUCUUUUAUUUAAGCAAGGUGAGCUGCAGGAUACGUGCUAAUAGCGGGUGGAGGCGUGUCCGUGUGUGGGUUUUGACUUCAACGUUCUAAUGUUUAAAUGGCACAUUCAGCAUUCUUACUAAGACCUUUUCUUUCCAGCUUGACUUGUAUGUCCUGAAUGUUACUUUGCCUGAUUUGCGGUCUCUUAACCUUCCAGCCUGAUACUGCUGCAGUGCAUCUCUUCCCAUUCCAAAUUGUUGCACCUUUAAUCAUUCCUUGCUUUUUGACAGUCUUAAUGACAUUUUCAGGCUAAUCUAAAAAAAAGUCUCGCACAUCCGUAUCACGUUUCUAAUUACUACAAACGCAUCACAGUGUAUUGUCGCGUUAAUGACUGAAGCUGUUCACGCAAAACUCGUAACUACUUUGACUUGUACAAGUAAAAUUAAAACACGGAUAUGCACUGUUAUAGAAAAAUAACCUACAUUCCAGUGGUAUUAGUCAAACGUUCCUGUGGUUUUCUUCCUACACAUUUCACUUCGAUGUUUAUUAAAUUUCACGCUUCACAAAAAAAAAAACAGGUGAACGAGUGUGUUGCAGCUGUUGUUUGCACACACACACAGUGGAUAUAAAAUGUCAAUUUGAAAUAUCCUGCAGGGUGUGUAUGUGUCGGAGAAAUGCUGCAUUCUUAAAAAGCUUUAAAAACCUGAAUUAAAACACAGAAAUUUAUGACAA